AUGGCUAUAAAACUAUGCAGAAAUUUUCUACGAAGUAAUACUAAGAAGGCUAUUUUUUUUAAGGAAAGAGAUGAUAUAAAAAAAAGUUUUGAUGAUAAUAAUUCAGUUUUAGAAGAUAGUUCAUUUGAUAGCCCUUUAAAGGCAUCAGAUGAAUUUCCUUCAUAUAUGCAACCAUCUGAAAAGAAUAGUAGUUGGUCAGAAGAAUGGCGAGAUGAAAAUUUAAAGUUAAGAGAAAAGGAUAAGAGAUAUAAUUUGAGUGUAUCUGAUAAUUAUGCAUAUAGUGUUCCAUAUAAUUAUAAAAUAGUAAUACCUAAUAAAGGAAAGAAUAUAAAAGAUGAAAAGGAUAAAAGAAAAAAAUUAUUAAAUGAUGAAAAAUUUAUAAAAGAAGAAUAUAGUAGAGAUGUAAGUAAUACAUUAAAUUAUAGUGAUUUUUGUGGAUUUAGAAAUCCAACACUUUCAACAUUUGAAAAUUAUAGAUAUUGGCAAGAUAGUGGUUUUAAAAAAUUUAUGAAUCGUAUAUUUCCAAUAAAGAUACCAGAACAUAGAAAAAUUGAUCCUUUAUUAAGAGAGUAUAUAUAUUUUUUACAUUCUUUUGAUCCUUAUCGUUUUACCUUCAAAAGAUUAAGUGAGAGAUAUUUAUUUCCAGAAAAUGUUAUACGUUCUAUUUAUAAAGAAGAAAGUGUAAAACGUUUCUUAGAAGAUUAUCAAUUAUGUGAUGAUAAAACUAAAAGAAUAUCUAAGAAAGAAGCAGUUUUAAAAAUUAAAGAAUUAAUAUAUUCAAAAAAAAUUGGAUAUAAAGAUAUAGGUGAUUAUGAAAAUAUAAAAAAUGAACAAGAUGAAUUCUGUGGUCAUAAAAAUACAUUUGAUCAAAUCAAUAGACAAAUAAUACAAGUUGAAUCUAUAUCAGCAUUUCCAUUACCAGAUAGAAGAAACCCUGUACCUAAAAGGGUUGAUAUCGAUAUGACUGUUUGUAAUACUUCAAAUGUAAAAAUUAUGAACUGGAUUAACCCUAACGAUAAGGUCAUAUUUUAG